AACUCCUCAGCAAACAGUGCUCAGGACAUUUUCUGUGACCUCCUCUGCCUCAAAUGUCCAUGGCUCACCAGCCACACAGGCCUGGACUGACUCUGCUUUCAAGGUACCGCUUCCAGAUUCUCCCUGGCCCAUCUCAGUUUCAGAGGGAGGUCAUUCAUUCCAAUGGGAUGUGACAGGUGCCAUCUUCAGGCGUCUGGCUCUGCUCCCAGCGGCAGAGACUAUUGCUGACUACAAAUCCCCUGAAUGCCAUGCUGGUCUGAAGAGAGCAAGCCCUAGGAUGAACAGAUGACCUUUCAAGAGCCCACGAACCCAAGGUGGGAUGACAGAAUGAUAUAAUGGGACGGGCCCUGGACUAGAGGGCUGGACACUUGGCUUCUAGUCCCAUUUCAGCUACUAACUUGCUGGACGAUGUUGGUGAACGUCCUGGGAGGAGCCCCAGGACACAAUCCGGACCGCAGGACGAAGAUGGUAUCAAUACACAGUCUGUCGGAGCUGGAGCGUCUGAAGCUGCAAGAGACUGCUUACCACGAACUCGUGGCCAGACAUUUCCUCUCUGAAUUCAAACCUGACAGAGCUCUACCUAUUGACCGUCCAAACACCUUUGAGAAGUGGUUUCUGAUUCUGAGAGGACAGCAGAGGGUCGUAUCACUGAAGACAUUUGGCAUUCGUCUGGAAGAGGUGCUGGUGAACGAGCUUACCCGCCGCAAGCAUCUUGAACUAACAGCCGCGAUGCAGAUUGAGGAAUCCACCGGUCAGGCUGCGGGCCGUCGUCGGGGAAAUGUGGUGCAAAGGAUGUUUGGCCGCAUCAGGCGCUUUUUCAGUCGCAGGCGGGAUGAGCCCUCCUUGCCCCGGGAGUUUACUCGCCGCGGGCGUCGAGGUGCAGUCUCUGUGGACAGCCUGGCUGAACUGGAGGACGGGGCUCUGCUGCUGCAGACCCUGCAACUUUCCAAGAUUUCCUUUCCAAUUGGCCAGCGACUUCUAGGAUCCAAAAGGAAGAUGAGCCUCAAUCCGAUUGCUAAACAAAUCCCCCAGGUUGUUGAGGCUUGCUGCAGCUUCAUUGAAAAACAUGGCUUAAGCACGGUGGGGAUUUUCACCCUGGAAUACUCAGAGGAGAGAGUGCGUGAGCUCCGUGAAGAAUUUGAUCAAGGGCUCGACGUCGUGUUGGAUGACACUCAGAACGUACAUGAUGUGGCUGCACUCCUCAAGGAGUUUUUCCGUGACAUGAAGGACUCUCUGCUGCCAGAUGAUCUGUAUAUGUCCUUCCUUCUGACAGCGACUCUAAAGCCACAGGAUCAGCUUUCUGCCCUGCAACUGCUGGUUUAUCUGAUGCCACCUUGCCAUAGUGACACCCUGGAGCGUCUGCUGAAGGCCCUGCAUAAAAUCACUGAGAAUUGCGAGGACUCCAUUGGCAUUGAUGGACAAUUGGUUUCAGGCAACCGUAUGACUUCUACCAAUUUGGCUCUGGUGUUUGGAUCUGCUCUGCUGAAGAAGGGAAGAUUUGCCAAGAGGGAGUCCAGGAAGACAAGACUGGGGAUUGACCACUAUGUUGCUUCUGUCAAUGUGGUCCGUGCCAUGAUUGAUAACUGGGAUAUCCUCUUCCAGGUGCCUCCCCAUAUUCAGAAGCAGGUUGCUAAGCGCGUGUGGAAAUCCAGUCCUGAAGCCUUGGAUUUUAUCAGACGCAGGAAUUUGAGGAAGAUCCAGAGUGCACGCAUAAAGAUGGAAGAGGAUGCUUUACUAUCUGAUCCAGUGGAAAAUUCUGCUGAAGUCCGGGCUGCUGUCCUUGCUCAGAGCAAGCCCUUUGAUGAAGGUUCCUCUGAGGAGCCAGCUGUGCCUCCCGGCACUGCCCGUUCCCAUGACGAUGAGGAAGGAGCGGGUAACCCCCCCAUUCCAGAGCAAGACCGCCCAUUGCUCCGUGUGCCCCGGGAAAAGGAGGCCAAAACUGGCAUCGGCUACUUCUUUCCUUAGAUGUUUUUCCUUCUAUAAGGUGCCGGACAGGGGAAAAGGGUGGGGGUAGACCUGGGAUGUCACAGGAAACAUUGAGGAGAAUGUUGAAGGUAAAGAUCUGAGGGUAAGAAGGAUUUUCACCUGAUGCUCGGGUCAGGCUGAGAAUUCCAAACUCACUGCCAGCCCCUUCACUGGGGAUGUUUGGUCCCUUUAGCCAGCAAAAGCAGAGAUGUUUCCGUGUCAUGCCCAGGCUCCCUGGUGCUACCUUGCCUUUCUCUUUUACCCCUGAUCUUGGCUUUUCCACAGUGCAGCCCUUCCUUUAAUUGAUGUGACAUUUGUGGUAAAUACCUUCUCCCAGAGAAGCUCACAAAUCUCGAGGUGCUUUCCCUCCCCCCAAAAGGGAAUUGCAUGUUUUUCCUGACUUUCCUUCCCUCCUCCCGAGAGCUCAAUUGGAAAGGCCCUCAAGAGGCAUGCUAGGACGUAGGUCAGCCUACUGAUAGCUG